UAUUUAGUAAACAGUAUUAUAAAUUGUAAUAAAUAUCAGUAUAAAAAUCGAUAAAGUCAAAAGCAAGAUAUUUUUAUUAAAUAUAUUUCUUUUGUAAAGAGUUCUUAUGUAUGUUUAUUUAACUUAUUCUAACAACGGUGAAAAAUAAUUAGGUUAUGUGUACAAACAUAAAUUAAAAAAAUAAUUUACAAUAUAUUGACAUUCAUCAAUCGUAUAAAACGAUUUACUUUUUGUUUAUUACAAAUAAGAUUAUGUCGUCAGGACCAAUGGUAUUGUGUCAACUAUGGAUGGGUGGCCUUGAGCCAUACAUGACCGAAAGUUUUAUUAUGAAUGCUUUUCAUAAAAUGGGAGAACAGCCUCAAACCGUAAAAGUUAUGAGAAAUCGUUAUACGGGUGAACCUGCUGGUUAUUGUUUUGUGCACUUUCCAACGGAUGAAAUGGCACUAGAUGCUAUGCAUAAGCUUAAUGGCAAAGCGAUUCCUGGGUCAAAUCCCACUGUGAGGUUUCGAUUAAAUCAUGCCAGCACUACUGGUAAACCUGCUGCUGACAGAGAGUUCAGUAUUUGGGUAGGAGAUUUGUCCACAGAUGUAGAUGAUUAUUCUUUAUAUAGAGCAUUUGCUGCAAAAUAUAAUUCUAUCAGAACAGCUAAAGUAAUAUUAGAUAGUUCAGGAUUUAGUAAAGGUUAUGGUUUUGUAAGAUUUGCAAACGAAGAAGAGCAGAAGAAUAGUUUGGUGACAAUGAAUGGGUAUAGGGGAUUGGGAACAAAGUCUCUAAAGAUCUGUAAUGCUGUGCCAAGACCUUGGAAUAAAAUAUCAACACCACCUCAAUCAUCUUCAGAAUAUGCACCAUCAAAUAUGAAUUCUGAAGCAUAUAACUAUUAUGAUACUUCUUCCUAUUGGAAUAGUUACAGUGCUUGGCAGCAAGGUUAUUAUGAAAGUGAGCCAACAUCAGAUGCUUAUAAUAGUUAUGUUUCUGAUCAGAAACCAGAAGAAGAUGAAUUAGAACUAAUUGAACAUUCUAUUCCUUUAGAUAUUGAUAAAUUAAAUAGGGAGAUAAUUGAACAAGAUUAUAAUUUAUGGGAUGCUUUAGAAAGUUCCAAAUGGAUUCCUUGUGAUACCAUAGAAUUGUGUUAUUAGUAAUAUUUUAUUAAAUUACUUUUAUUUUUGUAAUUUUAACAUUUUGUAAAAUUCCUCUUGUAGUUAUAAAUAUUUAAAUAUUACUCGCAAACAAAAGUUAAAUAGAUAUUAAAGAUGAAAGGAAAGUAUAAAUAAACCAAAUGUUUUGUAGAAAAUAAUCAAAGAAAGUGCUUAUUAAAGCAAUUUCUUUUAAUAUUUGAUAUAUCACUUUAUUAUUAUGAUUUUUAUAAUCAUCAAUGUUACUAUAGUGAUUCAGUUUAGAUAUAAAUAAUACGAUAUACUUUUUUAGAGAUAUUGAAAUGUAACAUCCGUUUCCUUCUUAUUUCUAACAGAACUCCUGCUGGAAAUAAUAGCUUAAGCGAUUAGUUAUUUCGUGCGUAUCCUACGUUACACUUACUUGUCGUUAGUUAGAUUUAAAUCGUCAGAUAUAACAGAACAUAAAAAACGAGCUCAAAUACGUGUGAUUUUUGUAUUCGUAAUAAGGUUUUUAUAACAAAAUUUAAAAAAUAAAAUUAAUUGUACCGAGAGUUAAAUAAGGCAGAAAAUAAAAUUAAGAUGCUCAUAUAUCAUAUUAUAAUUUUUAAAAUGUUAUAUUUUGGAAAAAUUGUUAAAGCUGGAUGGGUCGAAAUUCCUGAAUUUUCAGAUGAAAAGAAAGUUUACAGGUAUGUGUUAUAUUACUUUAUAAUGUACAUUGUGUGUGUGUGUGUGUGCGUGUGUGUAUAUUAUUAAUUUAUAUAUAUAUUAUAAUAGAACAAAUAUGUA